GGCGUGUGUCACUGCUGCUUCUCCCCGGUUGUCCGGGGCCUAACGCGCGCGCAUAGGAAGACAGAGAGGACCCCGCUCCCCCCCACCCCUCCCCACCUUGCCUCUGAUCUGCUGCAUAUUCCUCGGGUGUCUCUUUUUGCAUCCCUGUCCUCCACCGCUGCCUCCCGUCUCAGCCCUCCUCCCACAACCACCUCCUGGUGCGGGGUGGCCGGGAGUCGGGCCCUUGUGGGUGGAGGGAAUCAGCAUCGCGCUUUGCUGGGGGAGCUGUGCGGAAUUAGCCAUGCCCUGCCGAGGCUUCCUCUGACCGGCUGCAUUUCUCCGUCUUCUCUCCGCCUGCACACCGGAGGGCAACGUAGGAUGAGAAUCGGCCAACAUGAUGCAAGGACUGAAAAACCGAACCAGGAGAGUCCUGGGUCUAGGAAAGAAGGACAAAGACACAGACACAACGAGCUCACCUGACAGAGAAGGGGCUGGAAGUGGAAAGAAGAAAAAGGCCAAUGGGGCUCCCAAUGGUUUCUAUGGGGAGAUUGACUGGGACAGAUAUGCGACUCCUGAUGUGGACGAGGAGGGAUUCAGCCUCCGGCCCGGUGACGAGGGCGAUGUUGCCUCCAAAGCAAAGCAAUUUUUCUCCUCCAGCGAUUCUGAGGACGAUGACGAAAGCAGGAAAAAGUUCAAAAUCAAGAUCAAGCCACUGGUGUCGGACAGUGCCAAGUGUGUCCCUCCAUCUAUGGACGAGCUAAAAGCCUCAGUGGGCGGCCUGGCCCUCUCUCCGUCUCUGAAGAGAAGUCCGAGACGCAGCCCGGGGCUGAUAAAAAGAAAUUUGUCCUGUGAGGAGAUUGCCAGACCUAGACGCUCCACCCCGACUCCAAGUCCUGCGCCUGAGAUAACAAGUGACAGGCUAUCCCAGAACGUUCCCUCCUUCUUCGGGCCGCCUUCAGAGACCAAAUAUGCCAGAUAUGAUGUGGUUCCUGCUGAUAUGUGGGUAGAAUCAAGACCACGGUCAGACUCUCCACUGGGCAUAAGUUUCCCAACAGGAGCUCCUCCUCCUCUUCCUCCAAAAAACAUUCCAUCAAGAAGUCAUUAUGGUUAUCCAUCAGAAUCAGCUGCUGAUCUAACCAAUGGGAGGGCAACUCGCAGUUCUGCCCCCAUCUACCUGAACAUCCUGUCCCCGGCCUCCUACCGAGGCUCCCCGGGCCCUGACAUCGACGACGUGUUCGGCCCCGUCGACAGCCCUCAAACCAGUGAGGAAGCAAUGUCACCCAGAUGGGUUACCUUCCCUGAUGACAGACCCCCGCCACCGGAUGAACCCGCUCCCCCUCCACCGCCAGACUCUCCUGCCCCAGACACGCCCUCGUCCACCCCCUCCACGCCCUGCCUCUCACCCGGACCUCCGCCAGACGAGCCCCCGCCUUUACCCCCACCCUUUUCACCCGGGUCUCCUCCUCCUUUCACGCCACCGGAAUCGCCCCCCUCCAUUGUGCUCGGACCUCCUCCUCCAGAUGAGCCGGCGCCUCCCCUGCCACCAGACUUCUCUCCCUCUAGAUCGCCCCCCGUCUGCCUGGAUGAGGAGGCGCUCGAUGAAGAGGUGCUGCUGUUUGCAGCGUACUCAUCCUCCCCUGCUCCAAUCAGCCCUGUGCCCCCUCUGCCAGCCGAGCGGAGGUCUCCUCGAAUAGGAGUCACUUCUCCCCUUGUGCUGGGGAGCACUGGAGGAAAAAGAACCCCAGAGGGUGCUUACCUGAGAGAUGAUAUCCCAGACUUUGUGGGCUCGCCCAGAGAGCUGACGCCGAGCUUCAGGGGAACGCCGCCUCCUCUCCCUCCAACCACCUACAGGUCUAUCAUGUCUUCCCCCGGGCCGUACUCAGGCAGCGGCCCCUCGUCUCCAGCUCGUCCUGCCACGCCCCAGUCCCGAGGCAGCCCAGUUCCGCCGCCUCCUCCCCCCCGACCGUCCUCGAGACCGAAGCUGCCCCCUGGGAAGCCAAUCACAGACCUGACUCGACCCUUCAGUCCGCCGGUUUCGGGCAGCCCCCCUCCUUUCGCGCCCCUGGCCCGGUCAGAGAGCUCUUCCUCCAUCUCCUCCAUUACCUCACAGAGUGCAGCAUCCACGCCGACGUUAGGAAGGGACCUUAACAUCUCCACCACAGGAUGCUCCAGAGGACCCAGUCCACUCACCAUGGGACCCCAGGACACGCUGCCAGUUGCUGCUGCCUUCACAGAAACCAUCAAUGCCUACUUUAAAGGCGCUGAUCCCAGCAAAUGUGUUGUGAAGAUCACAGGGGAGAUGGUGCUCUCUUUCCCUGCGGGCAUCACCCGGCAUUUUUCAAGCCACCCGACUCAGCCCAUCCUCACCUUUAGCAUCAGCAGCUACAACAGACUGGAGCAGGUCCUCCCCAAUCCACAGCUGCUCUGCUGUGAUACCACGACAGAGAGUGUUGACACCAAGGAGUUCUGGGUAAAUAUGCCAAACUUGAUGAGCCAUCUGAAAAAAGUGGCCGAACAGAAGCCUCAGGCCACUUACUACAACGUGGACAUGAUCAAAUAUCAGGUGUCUGCAGAUGGGAUCCAGUCCACUCCUCUGAAUUUGGCAUUGAGUUGGCGAGGCGACGGCACCAACACAGACCUUAGAAUAGACUACAAAUACAACAAUGAGGCCUUGGCUGCUCCUGUGCCACUACACAACCUUCACUUUCUGGUACCUGUGGAUGGAGGCACAGCCAAACUCCAGGCCAUGAUCCCACCUGCCAUCUGGAAUCCAGAGCAGCAGACGAUACAGUGGAAGAUUCCCAGCCUCUCUCAUAGAUCUGACAAUGGAGGAGUAGGGGCUCUCCUGGGCCGGUUCCAGAUGAGAGAGGGUCACUGUAAACCGUCCCAGCUGGCGGUGCAGUUUACCAGUGAAGGCAGCACUCUGUCAGGGUGCGACAUCCAGCUGGUGGGCACUGGUUACCGGCUAUCACUGGUCAAGAAGAGAUUUGCUGCAGGGAAAUAUUUGGCAGAUAAUUAGUGGACCUGUUUGUGAAGGGAUCCAAGAGAAUCAAUGGCUUUUGACUGUGACGACAAUGGACCCAUCUCAUGUUUAGUGUGUUUCAAACGUUAUCCUUAGCAGCCAUUGGAAUGAACGGUUGAGAUUAAACAGACCACAACACAGGUACACGAUAUUUGACCUUAUGACAUCAUAUUCAGUAGACCAACUGCUGCUGAGUUUAUGCAAGUAAACACAAAUCCUUAGUUCUGGGUUCGUGGAAAUCUUCAAGGGUUUCACAGAGUUCAGUACAGAGAAAACAUGAUUUGUUAUUGUUGACAUAAUUGUGGAUUCAUGCAGUGAUCCAGCCUUAUUCAUUUCAAUUCCUUUUGUCUAACUGGUUGUCAUUGCAAAAUGCACUGUAACAGAUAAUGUGAAUAGAUUAUAUAAUAUAAAAACAAUCUUAAACAAGGUGGAAAAGAAUGGAAAUGUAAAAAAAAAAAAAAGUAGUAUAAGAUUACUUUGCAGUUAUAUUUCAAUAAGUUAUAGGUUACAUCGUAAUAUCUGAUUUACACUGCCACCCUAAUCACCGUUUGUGAAAAAUCUUUAGUCGUCCAAACAGAGAUUUUGUUUCUGUCGAGAUGAGCAUCUGAAAUGUCACAGCCCAUCCAGCAGUCGUACAGUUAGAGGUGAUUGGUGUCAUCACAGUUCAGAAUGACCUGCAGUACAUGUUACCUUUUGAAAGGGAAUUUUAUGUGGACAUCUUGAGCACUGAAAAAAACAUUGUUUGCAAGUACAUCAUUGAUAUUUGUAAAUAAAUUGUCAUCAAAAAAGAAUAAUUUGAAUUAAGCAUCUGUGCUCCAUAAAGCUCCUUGCUUGCUACUGAAUCAAUAAUAACCUGUUUGACUCUUUUCUCAAAUUUAAUUUCAAGCUUUUAAAUUCAACUUUAAAAUUCGAAAAAGACAACGUUAGCUGGUGAACAUAGUGGAACAUCUGCUAAAAUUAGAUUUGUGGAUAUUUCCAUCAGGAGCUGGAGAUCAAUUACAGAGUGAAUAUCAGGCUCCAAAUUAUGCUAAUGUUGCUGCGUAGUUCAUCAACAAACAAUCUAAAAGGUUACAAAAUGUCAGUGUUGAGUUCAUACAAACAAAUUCAUUCAUGGAGCAUAUUUACCUGUUUGGCUAAAAUUCUAUUCUUUCUUCGACAAUUUCUGUACAAAAUGUAAUCCAUGUGCCUGAAAACAUUUUUCCCGUGCUCAGGAUGGAAGUACAUAUAUGUCAUACUCUAUGGCAUAUAAACACACUCAUAGGUGUCAUUUUACCAUGAACAGGGCCGAUGGUGGCAGUAAAUCAGUUGCAGCAGUUGGACCUGCUGAAGAACGAAAGCGUUUCCACUGUGGGCAAGUGCAAUGCUGAGAUACAUUGAAAAUGUCCCCUAUCACAGGACUGUAGUGUUUUGGUGGUGUGAGUGAUUGGUCAGAUUUAAAAAAAAUAAACUGAUAUGAUGAGUAAAGUGAGCUGCUACUUGGAACAGUUUGGGCUAAUCAUUCUGUCAAUGCUGCAGAAUUUUAACAAUGUGAAAGGGCCUUAAGAUGUUCGUUACACACAGAGCCGGGUGUGAGUGCCAUACAGUGGAGAUAAGGAGCUUUAGGUUUCAGGAGGAAAUGCAGAGGGACCUGGACUGACGAUUGUAGGACUAACCUUUAAUGCUGCUUAAAAACUUGCCCAGUUCCUUUUGACUGUGAUCUUUGCCAGAGUUUUUUUCGACGAGGAUCACUGGGGACACCUCAGAGUAAUGAAAAGAAAUGUCUAUCGAGGAGGUAGCACUACUGGUGUCCCUGAUUUCAUUUCUUCCUUUUCCACCAUGUUGAAUAAAUGUUUUAUCAUUAUUUUCUAAUAGCAAUAUUUAAAAAAACUUAAGUGUAAAAAGUGUACAUAAAAAAAAGAAGCUAUGUUUCAAAUAUUUCUCUGGGCAUAUAGAUGUGUCUGUGGUUGUCUCUUGGUUAAUUGAUGUCAGCACCCAUAAUGCAUUAGGUUCUGUGUAACCCCACCACCACUUUUCUGCAUCUAUUGUUUCUACAU